AAAGAUGGACUCAUGCAAUUGUUUGAGGUUAGCUAACCAAGAAUAUCAAAGUUUCUAGAUAACUCAUAAAGCACUAAUCAUACUCCUAAUCCUAAUUAAUGAACAUAAUAUGCGACAGGCUAAAUUUCAUUUCAAAUUCAAAUAUACUAGUCAAGUAAGGAACACAAACAUCGUCUCAUCCAAACUCCAAACACAUACAUAUAGCACAAUGAUUAUCACCAUAAACCCUAAAUCCUAAACCCUCAAUUGAAAAAAAAAAAAAAAAGCCUUUAAACAAAUGGCUUCCCUAUCAAAGUAGUUUGAUUUCCAAAAUCCAAUUGGGGCAACGAGAGGCGCAUUCUAUGAACUUCGUUCUGGGAACGAGAAGGAUUCCUGAGAAGGCGAAGAGGGUGGUUGUUCUGGUUCAGAAUCAGAUUGGAGAAGCGCGUUUUGGUGCUGAGCUUUUUCGAGAUGUCUUGAAGCUUUCUGUGUUCCUCAAACCACCGCCCUCCUCCGCAUUUGACCAUUCAGGCAUUUGCAGAAGGCAACAGUUCUUGAUAAGGUCUCUGGGAGGUGGCAUUGACCAUUCUAGAAAUAUGCAGCAAGACUUAAGAUCUGUUGAGGUUGAUGCUGAGAGUGUUAUUAGAUCAAUUACUCCUGCCCUUGAUCCUACUAGACAUAAAGGCCAGGCAGGAAAAAUAGCUGUUAUUGGAGGGUGCCGUGAAUACACAGGUGCUCCAUAUUUUGCUGCUAUUUCGGCUUUAAAAAUUGGUGCGGAUCUGUCCCAUGUUUUUUGUACAAAAGAUGCUGCUCCUGUCAUCAAAAGCUACAGUCCAGAGUUGAUUGUGCACCCUGUAUUGGAAGAAUCAUACAGUGUCAGGGAGGAGGACAAGAAAACCAUAUCUCGCAAGGUUCUUGCCGAAGUUGACAAAUGGAUGGAAAGAUUUGAUUGUCUUGUCAUUGGUCCAGGCCUGGGAAGAGAUCCAUUCCUUCUAGAUUGUGUGAGUGAAAUAAUGAGACAUGCAAGACAGACAAAUGUCCCAAUUGUGAUUGAUGGGGAUGGACUUUUCCUUGUGACAAAUAAUAUUGACCUUGUUAGCGGUUAUGGCUUAGCUGUUCUAACCCCAAAUGUCAAUGAAUACAAGCGUCUUGUGGAGAAAGUAUUGAGUUCGGAAGUGAAUGAUGUAGAUGCUACUCAGCAAGUGCUCUCUCUUGCCAAAAAGAUUGGUGGCGUUACUAUUUUAAAGAAAGGAAAAUCUGAUUUGAUAAGUGAUGGUGAUACAGUCAAAUCGGUGAGCAUAUAUGGUUCCCCUAGACGAUGCGGCGGCCAAGGUGAUAUCCUUUCUGGAAGUGUUGCUGUCUUUUUGUCGUGGGCACGCCAACAUAUCAUAGCUGCUGAUCCAAAUUCAAAUCUCAGUUGUAAAAAUCCAGCUGUUCUGGGAUGCGUUGCUGGGUCUGCAAUGAUGAGGAAGGCUGCUUCACUUGCAUUCUGCCAUAAGAAAAGAUCAACAGUCACUGGUGACAUUAUUGAGUGCCUUGGGGAAAGUUUGGAAGAUAUUUGCCCUGCCACUUAAUGCUGUUUUGUGAAGACAUGUGAAAUUACUGUCUUAGCCUUGCCCAAAAAGUAAGGCCUUGUUUGAACUAGCCAUGAAAAGAUAUUACUCUUUCUCUUUGUUACUGUUUUUUUGGUGUUUCCUUACAUCAAUGUAUCUAGAUAUGAAUUACCCGAUCAAUUAUGACAUAGUUUGGCACAUAUUCAUACAAGGAUCCAUAGAAAAUGAUUUGAUCAGAGUAGAGGAAACUUAGGUAUAUCUACCGGUGUCUAUCGCAGAAGUUGAUUGCUAAUGAGACUCCUCUACUUAUUUAUAUA